AAAUUUUAUAUUAUCAACUGUGUAUAACCUCACAUUUUAAUACAUCAAUUGUCAAUUUUGUAAACAGCUAAUUGAACGGGCACAAAAUAAUGAAUUUUCCUGUUAUGUGAGAAUUAAAUUGAAAUUUUAAUUUAAUACGAUGCGAGCCAUAUUACUGAAAACUGUUACAUGUUCGGCCACAGCCACGUUUUUGGUUAUGGGUCUGUGGUUGUUGUUCACCAAUCAGUCUGAACGAAUAGACGUAGGUUGGUUUUUGACGGACAGCUCCCCUUACAUGUGGGCAAGUUUGGGCAUUGGCUUGUCCGUGUCUCUGUCUGUUAUUGGAGCAGCCAUUGGUAUACAGACAACUGGAGUGAGUAUUAUCGGAGGUGGUGUAAAAUGUCCCAGAAUUAAAACCAAGAAUUUAAUCACCGUGAUUUUCUGUGAAGCUGUCGCUAUAUAUGGACUGAUUACUGCAAUUGUACUGUGUGGUUACUUGGAAAGGUUUACAUGGGAAAAAAUAGUGGAUGAUGUAAGUCUAAUGGAGAAAAAUUGGAUAUCUGGCUAUUUGAUGUUUGGUGCUGGUAUAACAGUUGGAUUUGUAAAUCUGUUCUGUGGUCUUUCAGUAGGAAUUGUGGGCUCAGGGGCCGCACUAGCAGAUGCAGCAAAUCCUUCUUUGUUUGUUAAAAUAUUAAUUAUUGAAAUUUUUGCCAGUGCUAUUGGUUUAUUUGGUUUAAUUGUGGGGGUUUAUAUCACCUCAAAAGUGGGUAUGGGUGAUUAGAGACAAUACAAGAUGUAUAAAAAAGUCACUAAUCACACAUUUAUUUAUGUUACUACUGGUAAACAUAUGAAGUUCAAUAAGCACUAGUUUGCUGUGUUGAAAGUUUUGUUCUGACAGUAUUAAUUCAUA